CUGUGCCGUGCUGUUGCUUGCAGUAGGCUGUCAUCAACAGCUGCAGCGUCUUCACCACCGGUUAGUUUUAUUUUUGUUACUGUGGUAGUCCGUAUGUUCAGAAUUAGGUGAGAUCUCAAAACUGACCUUCUGAUUAAAUAUUAUUGUAGUUUAUCCAAUCUGAGUAAUCACAGUUAAAGACUCUAGGUUCAGUGCAAUGUUGGCCAGCAGACCAUGUAUAUGCAGGUGUAUUUUUCUGGUGUUCAAAGGCUUUGUGUUUGUGUGCUCCAGGGUAAUGAUUAAGGACCAGGUGGGCUAGGUAUUCCCCCCCUGGCUACUGUGAACUUGAUCCUCGGCUACUUUGAAAACACAAAAAUAAGAAACAAGAAAAAUAGAACCAAACGAAAUCACUAGCUGUUUGAUUCGUCGCCAAUUUGGAAGAGACGAAAAUGUGGCAAUGUGGUCAUGGGCAGUAGGGUGUAAAAAUGAGGUUGGAGAAGGCAAGAGAAGAGAAGAAUAAUUAUUUUCUUUCUGCCCUGUCCCUUCUGUUUCCUCACUCCAAUUCAAGUGCUGAGUUAUGUAGAAUUUAACAUGUUGGUUACCUGAGGAAAGAAACGACCUGUAUGCCCUGGCAUAGAAGAUGCCAGCAUUGCAGUUUAACUUCGGCCUCUUAAACUUUAUAUUUACAUUGCUUACAGGACUUAAAUAUUAAGAAUUGUUUGAAAACAUACAGUAUUUAAAAGAAUUUGUUAUAAAGAUAGAUAAAAGAAAAGACAAUCUAAGGAGGUAUGUGCAUAGUGGCAAAGAGAGCGGCAGCUUUCAAGUUGGCUACCGUCUUGUUAGCUGUAGCAUUAGAGUCUAUUUUGAAUUGUUUUCAGCGAUUACCACAAUGCCUGAAAAGUUCAAAGAUUAUUUUGCUUCCACUCUGCGAAAGAUCUACCAAAAUAAAUAAAAGAGACUUUCUUUUGCUCCUGUGGUUUUGUUUUGAAAACUCGUGCUGAAACACUGCCUGGAAUACUAGGCCCAAAGAAGUUCCCAAUAAAAUGAGAAAUGUUCCUUCCAAGUUGCCUUGCAAAGCAUGUUAAACAAUGGCGGCAUAAUUUUAUUUUAGGUCAGGGUCUUCUUGGGUCUAAUCCUGCACACCCAUUUUAUAUUGUAGUUACAUGCAUACUGUCCUGUCUUGUUGUCUGUCAAAGCAAAACUGUUGUUACUAUUAAUUAAGUAAAAUCUUAUCAAUGUCUUUUGAUGAUUUUGCAGGUCAAGACAUCUUUUGGCAAUAUGAAGGUUGGUAAAUAAUUAUGUGCAUAAUCACACAAGUGUCUUUAAUACAUGUAGCUUGCUUGUGGUAAAUUGAUAUUAUUGGAACAUGGAAAGAUCAUUGUGAAAUCAUGACUUGCAAGUGACAAAAGUAAGUACUCAAAGAUAAAAAUUCAAUCUUUUUUGGUAGGAUGAGGACCGUAUCUUUACCAACUUGUAUGGUCGACAUGAUUGGAAGCUAAAGGGAGCAAUUGAAAGGGUAAAGUGUUUGUAAUUUAAUGUUAAUGAAAAUAAAUUUAGUAAUGUUUUAAUAAUUUAAUGCUAUAAAUUUAAUAAUGAAUGAGUCCUCCAUACUCAUGUAAUUUAUUGACUUUCUAUGGAAGGAGUAACUGCGACAAGCACUUUUUCCUACAGAAACUGGGUUAAGUUGUGGCUGUUUGAGCCACAUGCCCAUGGUGUCCUCUAUUUUGUUCACUACAACUAUACUUUACUUUGCUGUAAUUUGAUAAUAGGGUGAUUGGUACAAAACCAAGGAGAUAAUACUGAAAGGACAAGACUGGAUCAUCAAAGAAAUCACAAAAUCUGGCUUGCGUGGACGAGGUGGAGCAGGUCUGUAUUAAAGAACAUUUUUGUAAUUACGCAGAUACAAUUUGCGGAAUUGAUUUCAAGAGGCAAAUAAUAUGAGAAAUAGCAUCAAAUUUUGCGAUUCAAGCAUUCUUAACUUGAUUUUAUUUUUCAAUCUUCUGAACUUUUUAAAAUAUCAACUGGGAGAUAAAAUGAAAAAAACAAACUGCAUAUUAACGUUAUUUCACAACAAAAGAAACGGGACUUCACAGAAUGGAACGUACUAGUUAAAAACCAGCUAAUAAUUUAUAGGUAUAAUCUGUGGACACAUACAUUUAUAUCCGGUACAGUGUACAGUGUAUGUUGUAGUUAUUAAAUGUUUUUCAUUUUUUUCUGUGAUUUGAAUUUUGUAAAUUUUGUGGGGAUUUUUAUUUGCAGGUCUUUAAUUUUGUGAUUAAUUUUUCAAUCGCGAAAAAUACAAAAUUAUGGACCUGCGAAAUUAAGGACAUAAUUAUGUACCAAUAGGGNCUUUACUUUGCUGUAAUUUGAUAAUAGGGUGAUUGGUACAAAACCAAGGAGAUAAUACUGAAAGGACAAGACUGGAUCAUCAAAGAAAUCACAAAAUCUGGCUUGCGUGGACGAGGUGGAGCAGGUCUGUAUUAAAGAACAUUUUUGUAAUUACGCAGAUACAAUUUGCGGAAUUGAUUUCAAGAGGCAAAUAAUAUGAGAAAUAGCAUCAAAUUUUGCGAUUCAAGCAUUCUUAACUUGAUUUUAUUUUUCAAUCUUCUGAACUUUUUAAAAUAUCAACUGGGAGAUAAAAUGAAAAAAACAAACUGCAUAUUAACGUUAUUUCACAACAAAAGAAACGGGACUUCACAGAAUGGAACGUACUAGUUAAAAACCAGCUAAUAAUUUAUAGGUAUAAUCUGUGGACACAUACAUUUAUAUCCGGUACAGUGUACAGUGUAUGUUGUAGUUAUUAAAUGUUUUUCAUUUUUUUCUGUGAUUUGAAUUUUGUAAAUUUUGUGGGGAUUUUUAUUUGCAGGUCUUUAAUUUUGUGAUUAAUUUUUCAAUCGCGAAAAAUACAAAAUUAUGGACCUGCGAAAUUAAGGACAUAAUUAUGUACCAAUAGGGUAUUUUUAUACUUCAUUGGGAAAAGGUUGUUCCCAGUAUCAUCUCACUAAGUUCCAAGAUGGAAUCCAUCUUGUCAAAUCUUCAUUACGCACUUGUAAACUUUUAUUUCUUUCUGAAAGAAUUGGUUUAAGAAGGCUUAUUUAACUCCUCAAUUUUUUGUCAGGUUUCCCUACCGGAAUGAAAUGGGGCUUCAUGAACAAGCCAUCAGAUGGAAGGUACAACUUGUGUAACAUUUUGUUCAUUUCUGUUGACAAAUUAAAGUGAUGUAGCAAGUCCAAGUGAUCCAAACUGCCAAAUCUGAACCUCGCUACAAAUCGUGGAAGUUUCUUGGAAAGGAAAUGUUUUUUAUCUGGGCUUGUGAGGGCAAUGUCAUCAGAAUAGUAUAGUUAAGCCGCACUUUUAAGCAGCUAUCGCUCAUAGCUAAGAGCUUAGUUUUCAUAAACCAAAUCAAUUUGAACACUGCACAUAUAUUUUCCGUCAUACAUGUAGUAUAGAUUUUGAAAAUUCAGGCUUGGCCAGGAAUCAGACUCUGAACUUUGUGAUGACUAGACACAAUGCUCUAUUGAUUGACCUUAUCAAGCCAACUGGAGAGCAUGAAGCCAUCGUGAGUUCACAACUUACCUGAUGGUGGAAAAUUUUUGAAAUAUAUGAAAUGAUCGUAUGAUCACGUUCGCUUUCAUAUCUAUAUCCACAGUUCAAGGCAGUAUGAUUCAUUUCAUAUAUUUCAAUUCAAUUUGUAAACUGUUCACAAGAAAAUUUACUUCUUUUUGCCCUCAGGCCAAAGUAUCUUGUGGUAAAUGCAGAUGAAGGAGAACCAGGAACAUGCAAGGACAGAGAGAUAAUGAGGCAUGAUCCACAUAAGCUGAUAGAAGGCUGCUUAGUGGCUGGAGCUGGAAUGGGUGCAAGAGCAGGUAAGUGCCUGUAUAACUGAUAUUAGAACUUCUAUUUACAGGGAAUGAGAGGCUUAACAAGAACAAUUUUUUUGGUACUUUCUCUUGCCAUGUGAGAAAUUAAGCCAUGAUGAUAUUGGCUAUGAUGACUCAUAAUGUCAUUUGUACAUUUCAAUCCGUUUAUCCGUCAAAUUGUCAGUUGUCCAGUUGUUCUCUCCUACACUGUAGUUAAUUCCCAAUUGCCAUGUAGCUUUAAGUACAUGAAGCUUUUGAUACCCAUACUUGACUCUCUCAUAUACUAUGUCACAUGUACAUGUAUUUUACAGCAUACAUUUAUAUCAGAGGAGAGUUUUAUAAUGAAGCAUCCAACAUGCAGAUGGCCAUUAAUGAGGCCUAUAAGGAAGGUCUGAUUGGUCGAAAUGCUUGUGGCAGUGGAUACGACUUUGAUGUUUAUAUGCACCGAGGAGCUGGGGCUUACAUUUGUGGAGAAGAAACGGUAAAAUACAGCCUUUUUUUACCUGUAAAUAACAAUAAAUUAUCGUGGAUGAUUGUACUUUAUAGUGUAGUGACUAUGAACAUGUAUUUUAUCAAAGUGGAUGACUUGUGUAACAUUGUGGAAAUGAAUCACUGCAAGUUCCUUGGCAAGCUUUGAUGUUUCAGUUAUUAAAUACUUGAGUCAUUUAAAAGACUUGACUGUAGUUACUGUAAAUACACUUACGGGUAGCAAAAAUCUGUGUGUGACAGUUAAUUUUGAUUUGAUUUCAUUUAGAAAUUUUAAUUCAUUGAAUAGAGAGAGGUUGCAUUGGAAAAUGAGGAUAAUAUUGCUCUAUGACAGAGCGAAUCUUUUUCAUUGUCUUGAAUACUGGUACAUGUAAUAUUUUUUUGGUAGGCACUGAUUGAGAGUUUGGAGGGAAAGCAAGGCAAGCCUCGCUUGAAGCCACCUUUUCCUGCAGAUGUUGGUAAGACCGUGUGUUAAGGGCUUUGCCGUUUACAGUGUGAACACAAGUGCAUUUGUAGUGAUUUGUCACUGUAACAAAGUGGUGGAAAAGUUUCAUAGGGGCAUUAUGUCGCUAUGAAGUUUUUGCAGCUACAUACUGUACUUGUUGCCUGACCUGUGCAGAAGGAUUGAUUUGUCGCACAGCUGCUCUGCAAAAGCGACUUAAUUGUAGUAGGAAGAUCAAGAACGAUUAAGCUUGUUCUCAUGUCAUUUGCAUUCUUUUUCUGCCUUUUUAACAGGAGUGUUUGGGUGCCCCACAACCGUGGCAAAUGUGGAGACUGUUGCUGUGGCUCCGGUUGGUAUAGAAUUUUUAUGUCCAUUAUUUUCCUGUUUUGAUUCAUCCUCAGAUGUACCUACAUGUAGACAACUUCUUUUAGAUCUCCUUGCCAUUAUUGUACUUGUGUGAUAAUGCAACAAAAUUGAUGCAAUAUCAAUGUACUAAAUUUCCGCAAAGAUUAUUUUUCUCUCCGCAUAAUAUUAUUUUGUUUAUAGUUAUAAAUCUGCAAUUUCUCUUUCAUCGGGUAUUGGUUAAACUCUUACCUAGAACGACUUUCCAGAUUUCAGUUUUCCCAUGCUAGGCUGAGCUGGCUAAUCGUGUUUGGCAGCUAUUUUAUUUAAAUGUAUGUUUCUGAACAAUCUUACGGUUUUUUCAAGUUUUUAUUAAGAUCACUUUGAGUGAUGUGCAAGUGGUGAAUGUGAAAUUUUGUACAAAUUAAGUAAAUAAACAUCAGUACAUGUAAAUAAUUAAAAUAAUAAAAAAAAAAUCGAUAAAGGACUUCAAUUCUCUGUAGUAAUUUUAUCUAAUUUUAAUCUCACUAUUUUGCUCAUGUCAGGCGAUCUGCAGAAGAGGAGGGGAUUGGUUUUCUUCGUUUGGUCGACCAAGAAACACAGGGACAAAAGUAAGGGGAUCAAAUAUUUCUACCUAAUACUUAGGGAAACGGGUCCUUUCGCCCGAUGGCAGUUCGCCCAGAUUAAGUCGAUUCGCCCGAUGUGUUUUUGUCGUUCUUUAAGCCUGAGAAAAAGGAAUAAACAUGGGAAGACAGUGGCUGCACAUGUGGAAUCCAAGGUUAACUAAAAUAGCAUCUCGGAGAAGUAGGUUCACCAUGUUGUAGAUUGUUGUAUGUCAUCGAGCGAAUCGACUCAAGUCCUAGCGAAAGCCUUCGGGUGAAACUUAGAGCUACCACUUAUUUGAAGUAGACGAGGAAAUGAGAAAGGUAUUCAGGGUUUUGUAAAAUGUUCGUGUUUUCCGUGGCUCACAUUUCUAAAGUUCAUGCUUGGAGACCACUGGAGGGCUUGAAAAAACUUGAUUUAGGACAGCUUUUCCUUUGGGCAAGCAGCUCUCACAUUUUGUUUGCCUGGGCCCACGUCUUGCUCGUUUUAGUUUUGAGGACGAGGCCAGGACGACCACGAGAUCUACAUUUAAUUUUUCUCGCCUAUUCUUUAAAAUAUAUACCCCGGUAAGCACGCUUAUUUCCGUUGAAGGAGGUGAAGCCCUCUCCCGAUCGCUAAAUGAUAAAAUUCCUAACAUUUGAUAACUUGUUUGCGCCACUACGACAUUCUCGCUAAAACUCGCAGUACAACUGACGACUGCUACCACAUUUCCCGCCAAAAUGACGUUGGUUCGCGUGCGUGCGCUACUUGGCAUUGAGAAAAUCUUGUCUCGUAGUCGUACUCCUCUUAGAAUCUAAAGCUCUCUAAAGAUUUUGUUAGAGGAUGACUUGCCAGGACUCUAAUAACCCAAUCAGCAAGUAAGCUUGAAAGUUACUUGCCCAGCAAGAAAAUCUUCUUGUCCCGGACUAUCGGACGGGACUUCUUUCGAGCCCUGCACGGACAAAAUUUCCGGCCCUGGGGGCCCCUUUCUCGAAAGUCCCGGUAUUUUUCGGGCCCGAAAUCAAAUAUUCAAAUCCAAAAUAUAAAGAAUAAGAGCCCGGGUCCUGCCUAGCGUAAUUAAACUACUCCAUUUUGUUUCGUUAACUGAUGGUUUUAUCAUGUUAGAUGCAAAACUAUUAAAACCUCGAUCUUUAAUGUAAACGGCAACAGCUUUACGGGCCUAUUAAUUAUCGGGACUUUCGAGAAACGGGCCCCUCUUGAACACAGUGCAGACUAGUGCUUGAUUGAACAAGAUCUUUGUUGUGUUUUUGUCGUCAGCUUUUCAACAUAUCCGGACAUGUUAAUCAUCCCUGUACUGUUGAGGAAGAGAUGUCUGUUCCCUUAAAACUUCUGAUUGAAAAGCACGCUGGUGGAGUUCUUGGUAAGCUACGGUACAACUACACGGCACAAAUGAAGUGAUAUCAGGGGCUUUAAGAUCCAACGACGCGGACGGUAACGAGAACGUCAAAAAACAAUAGAUUUUAUUAGCAAAAAAACAACUUUGCACGUGCACCACUCUUUUUUUGUACAUUUCUCUGCCCGUUUUUGCACGACUACGACGUGAACAUGCCUAAUUUCGCGUUUUAUGGACGACGUAAACAAGCAACGACGAAAUUUUAUUUAUCUUACUGUACUUGGAUAUGGUGCCUAGGAAUUCAACUUGAGGAGGGUUCGCCUACAUUUGACAAAGUGAGUGGGUAACAAUAAUUGCGAUAAAGACUGAAAGAACGCAAAUUCACUUUUUAAGCGACGUUCUCAUUGCCGUCGUGUCGUUGGAUCUUGAAGUCCCUAUUUAUAUUGUAUGAGGUGAUAUUUUUGUAAGAAGUUUACACAACCACUUUUAGUAAAAAGUUGAUUUUUUUAUAGGUGGCUGGGAUAACCUUUUGGCAGUAAUUCCUGGCGGCUCCUCGACCCCGCUUAUUCCUAAAGAGUAAGUAUUACUAGGUUAUUGUUUUAUGUUUUUUCAGGGUAAUUAAAUCGCGUAUAUGUUUUUAGCUUUACUUCUUUAAUUUGAUAUCUACAAGUCUAAACAUUGUCCAUAUGAUAAGUCGCUCAGACGAUGAGUGCCCGGAUCUUGUGGGAAUUUUUUUUUUUUAGCCCCCGUAGCUGGUGAGGUUUAUCGCGCGCGGCUUCUUUAUUCCACGGGUGCUUUUGGUUUUGUUUAAGCCUCAUGGGCACGUGAUAGGGACGCGUCAAGACCUCUAUUAUCUUUGCCAUCAAGCGCUUGAUACUCUUAGUUUAGCUUCGUUUCAAGAACAUGAUAAAGGAAAAUAGAGUCCGAGAUAGAAGGUGAUAACCGAUUGUGGACCAGUAAUUUGUAGUUAUGCCGCUCCCUUUAAGUGCUUGUUUCAAAAUAAAAUUAAUGAUGUUUCUGCAUGACAAACCCCUUAAGGGGCCAACUUCCAUUGGAGGUUCAACUGUAUUACUCUACGUUUUCGUCCAUUUUUCAGUGUCUGUGAAGAUGUGUUAAUGGACUUCGAUGCCCUUGUUGAGGCACAGACUGGCUUAGGCACAGCAGCAGUGAUAGUUAUGAACAAACAGGUACUAAUAGCUGUACAAUUUUCUCAAUCUUUUCCUUGCCAAAAGCAAACCAGUAGGUCCGCGAGCAAGGUCUCCAUUUAGUCACGCGCGAGCGGCACGCGAGAGAAUUUGGUACUCCUCUUAGAACAAACUGGGUGCGAAGUUUCUCCCCUCCGUCGCUCGUGGCAAACCCUCGCGCGUUCUCUCAUGCCUCGCCUCACUUGCUACUCGAAAUGAAGUGGUUGCUCGCAGGCUAGUAAUCAGGUAAAGAAACAACAAAACUGAACAAACAAACAAACAAACGCCAAUUUAACAAAACAUUUUUUUGGUGGAGAUCAGAUGUGAGAAGAGCUUGGCGGGAGAAUUUUGAUUUUACAAGUAACAUAACUGUUUCGUGAAAAAAAAAGGGUUGGGAAACUGUUAGCAGAUGUCGAACGGAGAGUUCAGUAAAACGUUUACUAAUAAAAGUUUGAUAUGUGUUUUCUCUUAGUGCGAUCUUAUCCGAGCCAUUGCAAGACUCAUCGAGUUUUACAAGCACGAGAGUUGUGGGCAGGUAACUGUAGUGUCCUUUAACUAAUUUACAUUAAGUGAAUUUUUGCCCCCGCAGGGAUUUCGCCCAGAAGGCUAAAUCCCGAGGAGGCAUCCAAGUAGCUCGCGCUUAUAAAAGGGAAGUAUAAAAAAUCUCGAUUUGCUUAAACAGGGGUCGCGCUGAAUCGUUGGGUAAUGAUGACGCUAAACGCCCCUAAAUAAGAAAUGAUUUGGGAUGACGUAAAACAGUAGUGGUUGGUCGUGCAGCGAAGGGAGUUUUCUUCAACCAAUCAGAAGCACUACCCAAAUCUUGGUAGUGAGACAUCAUCAGUAUCGAAGUUUUGCGCUCGUUCCUCAGACGUCAUUUCGCGCGAAAAAACAGUGGUGGGAUCGCCAAUACUGUAUCGACUGUUUUUCCGGGCUAUUUACGUUCACAAACGUUAACUGUCAAUUCCCUUCAUGUUGACAAAUUAGCUUUGCAAACUACGUUGAUUAAACCAAAUUUAGUGUUGUCCGUCGUUGGGGUCUGGCUCGUUCGCACACUUAACCCAAAGCAAUGGAGCCAAUCAUGACAGAGAUAGUCAGUCACGUGAUGUGUUGUUUAUCUGUUGGUUACCAGUGCACACCGUGCAGAGAGGGCUGCAGUUGGAUGACCACCAUCAUGUACAGAUUCGGUGAGUAAAUAAAAUUCAGUCAUUUUACCGAGAAAUUGAAGCUGUGGUCCUUCAGUGUCGUUAUAAUUACAAUUUCAAUUAAUACAAAUAUAGCGCAAUUUUCCAUGGAGCAUGAUCAAAUGCACUUAACAAUAAGUUAAAAAAAAAUAAACGAAAUAGAUACUCUUCUGCAAAUUAAAUGCUUGUUUAAAAAGAUAUGUUGUAACAUAGCAUUUUUUAUGAUCAGUUCUUAUUUUGCUUUGUUAGUUGAAGGAAAUGCAACUCCAGACGAAAUUGACAUGUUGUGGGUAAGUGAAAACGUCAGCAUGGGUUAUUUUCGAAUCCCCCAUAGUAUACCCUGUUUGGCCUCCUCCCCCCCACCCCCCNCCCCCCCCCCCCCCAAUCCUUCCCCUCCAAAGUUUUGCAUCAGUUAUUGUUUAAAGAUGCUCUUAGGAAUAUUCAGUCUGAAAACCGUAGUUAAUGCAAAAUUAAUGAACUCUUCCGAUCGGUGGAUAGUUUCGCAUUGCAAUUCUAGGCAGUUAUACCAAACAGAAAGUAAGUGCAAAAUUUUGGUGGUAAGGGAGCUCCUGGGAAGAUGAGCCGAAGAGAUACCGGGUUGGUCAUCCUGGACAGGAGUCCUGGUUGCUCUCAGGGUGUGAGGCCCAUAUCCCCCAGUCACUGGGAUCGGGAACAUUGGGAAGAGGGGGCAGGAGGGGGCCCCCUGGAUUGAGUAAACAGAGUGUUUUAUGGGGGAUUCAGAAAUAGAGCAUUCACAACGUUGAAAGGAAUUUGUGAAUGUGUUGUAGAAGACCUGACUAGUACAUGUUUUCUUCGUUGAAAUCAGGAGCUGAGUAAGCAGAUAGAAGGUCACACAAUUUGUGCGCUGGGUGAUGGCGCCGCGUGGCCAGUGCAGGUGAGAACACGUAAAAGAAGACUGUAUUUCCAUAGCCUGUGAAAACAUCCGUUUCUCCUCGCUCUUCGCCACUGGGGACGUUCCUCCGCGCGAAACGUCCCCAGCGGCGAAGAGCGAGGAGAAACGGAUGUUUUCGCAGGCUAGUAUUUCCAAUACACAGACCAUUAGGCUGUUUUAUUAUUCUUGAAAAUAGAGAGAGAGACCUUUAGAUUGUAAGACGAGGACGACUACGAGACCGAGAUUUUAUCAAUACUUAGUAGUGCGCACGCGUGAACCUGCGUCAUUUUGGCGGGAAAACGCGGUAACCGUCGGGAGAAGGGCUUAACCUCCUUAAAUAAUAUUCAACAAUUAUUCCUCGAGCGCGAAUGGGCUCUGAGUCAAUAGCCCAUGAGGCCGAAGGCUGAAUGGGCUAUUGACUCAGAGCUGACUCAGAGGCCGUGAGGGCGAGAGGAGUAAUUGUUUUAGUAAAAUACAACUAGUUGGUCGAAAAUGUCGACACAAAACAACUUCAGCUGGGAAAACGCGAUUCAGUCGUCAUUGUUUUGGUUUUCAAAACCGGCGCUUUUCGCUGGCUAUAACAUAUAGCCUAGUAGUAGCUCAACCAAUCGGAACGCGGCAUUGAUAAUAGACUACUAGUUGGAUUUUACUAAAUAGAUUUAUCCAGGGCUAAAAGCAAAGCUCUCGUUAAUAUCUAUAGUUUACUGAAAACAAGAUGUAAAAUCUUGCAAUGCAUGCUAAGCGGCGACGGCAACAAAAACAGCCCAAAAAAUCAGUAGGUCUAAUUAGCAAAAAAACAACUUUGCACGUGCAACACACUUUUUUUGUGCAUUUCUUUGCCAUUGUUUUGCACGACUACAAAGUAAAACUUCCUAGUUACACGUUUUGUGGGGGAAAUGUUGUAUGCGUUCCUGUUCAAUUUUUUUCGCUGCCACUCAAUUUCACCUUGGUGGCCGCUAGCUUUUCUCAUUUUCUCACCUCCGCUAUAAAAUUUUUAUAUUGUUCCACCAACGAAAUUGGUCUCCUUUGUUUUUUAUCUCUCGCUCUAGCUCUUUCUCUGUUAUCCACGUCAAUGUGGACAUUAAAAUUAAGUCGAAAGAAAGAAUCGUCUUUGUUGUUGUUGUUGUUUUAUAUCUAAAAGUUCGGGUGGCUAUGCGAUUUAACGCCGAAACGCGCGGGUACUUGAAAUGCAAAAUUUCACCCCGGCUUACACCAAUGGGUGGACGUACGUACGGACGCUUACGGACGAUUUUCUCAGAACCAAAAUUUCUUGGAUGCAUAGAUAACGAAAUUUUCCUACCCAUGGUGCUCCGCUACAAAUAACCGUGUUAACUUUGCUGAAAAGAAAGUACGAUGAAGCUUUUUGAGAAUACGCGAAUCGUCGAAUCUGAAAGUCUCUAAUAAAAACAGAAAAAAAAAGAUAGGAAAUUUUCGGGAAACUAAGGUGAUUUAGACUGAAACAGGAAAACGCGCUUGUAAGUUGCUAAAGAAAUAGGAAGGCGCAAUAAAGUUGUUUCAGACAGCGAAAUUAAAAAGUUCGGAAAUAAAGCGUGUUUUGGUGUUCAAGUAGAGAAAAUAUGGGAAGAUAAACAUUGAGGAGGUAUUUGGGAACUCAAAUACAUUUUGAAUGGAGUUACAGGGAAGAAAAAGAUAGUCUGCGUAGCAAGCGUUUCCGCGCGAGUUCGUCAAGUUGGGAGGAGAGGGUAAAGAGGAUGGGCCUAGAAGUGGAGCUACUGUCAAUAAUUCAUUAACAAAUGUUUCUUAAUAUUUUUUUUUUUUUAGGGACUCAUCCGCCAUUUCAGACCUAUGCUUGAAACCAGGAUGGCGGACUUUGCUGCAAAGCAGAAAGGCACUUCAACAGCGUGA